AACCCGAGACAUAGACCGAAAGAAGGAGCAGGCGGAGAGCUCGCGAGGGAAGGGGACGCGGAGGGCAGCCUUCGUGAGACGGGUAGGCGCGGCUGCCGACGAAGACGCGAAGGCCCGGGUCUGGAGCUUUGGCGUUGCCGUUGGAGAAGACUCCUGGGAAGCUGCGGAUUUGGGAGGAAACACAUAGGUGUCCUACAUGAAUUACGAAAACCCUCCACCAUAUCCUGGCCCGGGCCCAACUGCCCCUUACCCACCAUAUACUCAACAACCAUCAGGCCCUGGUCCGUAUCCUGCCUAUCAGCCGGGGCCUACAGGGCCAUAUCCAGCUGGUCAACCAGGCUACAAUGGUUACCCACCAUACGGAUGGCAGAAUGCUCCACCUCCAGGACCAGUCUAUGCAGAUGGACCUAAAAAUACAGUGUAUGUUGUGGAAGAACAGAGAAGAGAUACCUCUGGUGAAAGUACCUGCCUGACAGCAUGUUGGACUGCAUUGUGCUGCUGCUGCCUUUGGGACAUGCUGACCUGAGAUUCCUGAGAAGCAAAGAGCCUUUUCGAUACCUCUCUCUCGGAGUGCUAUGCAGUCUCUUCCUUCUCCCCCUCCUGCUUCUCUUGUCUUUUCUUUUCGGCAGCUUUUUAGUACUGUAAUAAAUGAGAUGCUUUGUCCGAGCAUAACAUGCCUGCCAGAGUUGGAUGCAUGAAGCUGAAUGCAUCCUUUUUGAUUUGAGUGGAGAAUCCCCCUCCCCUCUUCUUGAUUGUUCUUUAAAUAAUGUACUAUAUUUUGUUUAACAAGCUUUUACUAUAAAUUAUGUAUUCAUAAUUUACACAUACUUAGGAAUGGAGUAAAAUGCAAUAAUUUAAGGCAUUUUUGGUUUUCUUACUUGCUUAAUUUUCUGUUUUAAUAAACUUUGUCCAAUAAAAUAUGAUCCAGAAA